AUGGAGGUUCAGUACCUUAAAGCAUGGGGCGAGCUGGCGUUCCCCCCCGGGUUCAAGUGGGGCGCCGCCACCGCCGCCUACCAGGUCGAGGGCGCAUGGAAUGUCAGUGACAAAACCCCGAGCAUAUGGGACACAUUCACUCACAAAUACCCCGAGAGGAUCGAGGACGGCAGCAGCGGCGAUGUGGCCUGCGACUCCUACCGCCUCUGGGAGCGGGACAUUGAGAUGGCCAAGGAGUUAGGACUCGACUACUACAGAUUCUCCAUAUCCUGGCCUCGCCUGGUCCCCAACGGGUUCGCGGACCAGGUCAGCGAGGAUGGCAAGAACUACUACAACAAGCUGAUCGACGGUCUCCUCGCCAACGGCAUCGAGCCUGUGGUCACGCUGUACCACUGGGACUUGCCGCAGAGGCUGCAGGACUAUGGUGGCUGGCUCAACCCGCUCAUCUCGGACUGGUUCGCCGACUACGCCCGCGUCGCCUUCUCUCUCUUCGGGGACCGCGUGACUACCUGGCUCACCAUCAACGAGGCUCUGGUAGUCUGCACUUACGGCUACGGCAUGGGGGUGCUGGCUCCAGGCAUCAGCGAGAAUGACUACGGCAAAUACGUCUGUAUUAAGAACAUUGUGAUGGCGCAUGGGAAGGCGUACAGGGUUUAUGAGAAGGAGUUUAAGGCGAAGUAUCCUUAUGGUGAGAAGAUUUUAUUAUAA